UAGGUAUAGUCGGAUUUUGAGACUUGUCAAAAAAAAAGUAUUGGCUUUAAAGAAUUUUUGGGCAUUGAAUUUCAACAAAUAGUCUUACGUCAUGGUUCGUAUCAGUCACGUCAUCAUUGCGAUUGGCCUGCUUGCAACUAGUCAUACUUUUAUGGCAAACGUGGGUGCUAAUGAGCUUGAGAUUUCUGCAAAAUCGUCAGAACCGACACAACUGAAAAGCGUUUUCAAGUCCAAGGAAAAGCACAAAAGUGAUCCUGAACAAAGCUUGUCCAAGAUUGAAAUUUCCUCUUCUGAUCCAUCGUCAGAAGAAAGAUACAAAUUCGUGGACAACUAUUUUUAUAAACGGGCAGCCCAUUAUAUCGACAAGAACGGUUGGGCUCAGCAAAAUUUUGAAUCCUAUGUAAGGAACACCCGAUUUCCCCAUAUCAGAGCGUAUAGGCGAGUGCUAUCUAAGGCAGCUGCGGAGAUACUCGAAAAAAGGAAAGGUUUGCCGCCUCAAAGCAGUGGGUCGUAGGUAUAGCAAAGACGAAUUUGUUUGUUAAUGCAGAUUGCAAGUUUACUAGGAGUUUUUAUUGAUCUUGUUCUUGAUAAGACAAGAUCUACAAAUGAUGUUGUUCAUCCAUACCAUCAGAAAUGCAAAGUGACCGACAUAGUAGAGAUUUAGAAAUAUAGUAGAUUUGAGUAAAUGAACGGCUAAGCAUUUAAUAUUGUAUUGAAAAAUAGCAAGCAUACGCUACGACUGCUUCAGCAUCUACAUCCAUCCACCAUUAAGAUUCAAACACUUUUUGAAAUUCACGGCCUCAAUAGUCGCCAUUCAAUCUGAAAAUAUAGCCACAUUAUCCCUUAUACUUU